AGCGGCUCCGCUGCCAGCGCGCAGCGGCGCGGGCAAGGCGUCGGGAAUGGCUCCGGCAGCGACCGGCGGGAUCCCGCCGACUGCGCCAUCGCUGGGCCUGAUGGCUGACGGGCUGGGCAACAGCUCCGCUCUCGAUGGAGAGGUUCCGUGGGUUUUGUCAAGCCAUGGCUUACAGACAACUACUUUGACAACUAAAGUGGAUGGCAAUGAUGGCAAGCCUGAACACCUAGAGUAUAUUGCCUUUGCUUUGGUUCCUGUUUUCUUCAUCAUGGGUCUCUUGGGGAUCCUUAUCUGCCAUAUCCUUAAGAAAAAAGGAUACCGUUGUACAACAGAGGCUGAAGAACUAGAAGAAGAAAAAAUUGAUGAAAAAAUAGAAAUGAAUGAAACUAUACAUGAGAAUAGUGACACUGUGGGACAAAUUGUUAACUACAUCAUGAAAAAUGAAGCAAAUGCUGAUGUGUUAAAGGCCAUGGUAGCAGAUAGCAGUGUCUUUGAACCUGAAAGCCCAUUAUCUCCUACCUCUCCUGAGAGUCCAGUGAGUCCAGGGACUCCUUUGUCACCAGGUGUUGUUCCGUUCAGACACAACUGCAAAGCCCAUCACUUCCAUACUGUUGGAGGAGUGGUAGAAAAGGAUGUUUGUACUCGCUGUAGUCACAAACGAUGGCACCUUAUAAAGCCAGCUCAAAAAUCUAAAGAGAACAGAAGAAGUCGUAUUGGAGAAGUUACAGUGCUUUCUGUGGGAAGAUUUCGAGUCACAAAAGUGGAUCACAAAUCCAACUCGAAGGAGCGGAAGAGCCUGAUGUCCGUUACUGGCGUGGAGAGCGUCAACGGGGAGAUGCCAGCGAAGCAGGACGCGAGCGAGGCGCCCGCCACGCCUGCCAAACAGGACAUGCAAGAGAGGAGGAGCUCAGAGUGAAGGUGGGACUUUUAGAAGAAGAUUGUCUGCAAGCACUUUGGAGAAAACUGAAAACUCCCAAGCAAUGCAUACUAUUUUAAGAAAUGUAUUUAUGGCAAUGUAGCAUUUUAAAAGUUCUGUGAUGUCAUUCCUGCAAGGUUAAGCACUUAAUGGUUUUUGACCAGUAAAAUAGUGAGAUUUAGACACUUAAAUACUGUUGAGCUGUGUGGACAUCACAACGAAUGGCUUCAUCUUGGGAAGAAAACAUAUGUACAAGUUUUUGGACAGGAAAGGUAAAAGCUUUAUCAAGUCUUAAACUUUUUUUAGACAAGCAUUUAUGAGCUCAGUAUAAAGAGUAAUACAAUUACCUCAUGGAUAAACUACAUUCACCCCAGUGGUCCAUCUGGAUUUUUCUUCUGUUCUACCCACUCCAAAAUUGACAAGUGUUUGUUGAAGAUAAAAGCCAGCCUUUGAAAGAUGAAAAUAUUCUUUUAAUCUAACUGCUUGUAGCCGAGUAAAACAUAAAAGGAAAUAAUUGUCAGUCAAAUCUGCACGUGUGCCUUCAGUACAUAAACCCAACUCUGUGGAGGGUACCUCACAGUAGAGACUGGUUCAGUUAUAUGCAGAUGUUAAAUUAAAUUGUUGUUCCCCAGACCCCUAUCUCUCUCUUACUACUUGACAUAGGCUGAAGAGCAUCUUUUUUGUAUGCAGUUGGAUGAGCUCUUGGUGAGGUUACUUUCCUCAAGGCCUUGUGUUCUCCUGUUUUCUUGCAACUGCUCACUCAUAUUUGAAGAGUGCCUAAUAGUUUUUCUUUUCUUUUCUUGUUCUUACCCACAGGUUCCUUAUUAAGUUAAGGCAACAUAUUUCAAGCCUUAGAUAAGGAUGUGGAAUAUUGGGCAUUAAAAAUUUUAUGGAAUAUUAUACUGAAGUGCUUCAGAGUGGCUUUAUUGGACUGAGGGUAGUUGUAUACAUUGGCAACAAAAUCUUAGGCCAGUGUUACUCCUUUCAUAUUUUAAGUGUGACUUAAUGCUAAGAUUUCCAUGGUAUUCUCAUAUUAAUUUUCUGUAUCUACUUAUGAUCUCAGCUUUGUCCUGUUACUUGUUCUGGGGAGAGAAAUCUCUGUAAUAUUUCAGCAAGCUUUUCUGUGUAACAGAAAAUCAUAUCAUUUGUUCUGAGUGCCUAAGAAUAUAAGCUCUAAUAUAAUGCUUUUUAGUAGAGAUUGCACUAUAUUCUGAGAACUAUAACUUAAUCUGCUUUAUGAACUCAAGGAAAAUCAGUGUAUGGUUUUGAAAUGGAUUUAUUUUCAAUUGAUACCUUCAGUCUUUUUAAACAAGAGCUCUAAAUUGUGUUUCUUCUUCAUAUCUGAGACUUGUAUUUCUUCAUUGAUUUAUGUAUGCAGUGUUAACAAUCAGUGUGUACAAAAUUACUCUUCUUGCUUGUGUAUUAGUUCCUCUCAUGUCUUGCCAGGAAACAUCAAGUUUUUUCACUCUUGCUGCAAGUAUGUGCUGCUGAUGGUCUUCCUUCUGUGUGUAUCCACAAGAUACCGACUGGUCCUAUCAAUGUACUUUUCAACGAUGCUAUAUUUGCCAAAAACCCUACCACUACCCACCCAAACUUUGAAAAUAAUGUUUUAUUGUUCUUUUCAAAAUGAAUAUUUUUAGAAAUAAUUGACUGUCCUUGAGAACUCAAAAUAACUGUUUGGCUGGGACUCUGACUUCAGUGUUUAGCACUGCUCCCUGCUCCCAUAAAUUUAAAAUCAGCUUGAGAAACAUCUUCAAUAUUUAAGUACAACAUAAACAGCAACCUCAUCUUAAAGGCACAAAUUAAGCUUCAAAUGAUUAUUUGUGUGAAGAAUAUUUCUAGAAGAUUUAAUUAGUAUUGGUUGUAGUAAUAAGCUUUCAGUUUCCAAGUGAUUGAUAACUAUGAGUAUAAAGUGUUGCUGGAAAAAGGGAGCAUUGGAGAAAACAGCAGUCUUCAGUUAAUUUUCAGAAAAGAUACAAAGUUACAAAUUGUCCCCAAAACUUUUUCUAAAAAAAGGGCAGUUUAUCUUGAUAUAGUAUUUUGAUGCAUGAUGGGUUAGUAUGGCAAAUAAAUGGCAAAAGGAUGGAAGAAAGUUUAAAUGGUAAUAUGUAUUUUUUUUACUUAUUUUAAAAGUAGUUUCUGUUUUGAUUCCAUUGAAAAUACAUAGACUAAAAGGGAUGGAAAGAUGUUGGGUAUGUAAAAUAUUGUUUACUUGUAUAAAGUAAUUAUGUAAGGUAUUAUGAGACUUGAUAUGUGCAAGAAUUGAAUUUAUGCAUUGCUACCUAAGCAAAAGAGGAUUUAGAAACUGCCUGUUUCAUUGCCUUUAACACUACACUGCUGUUGUAGGGGUAUGCAUAUUGCCAUAUUAGUCUGCUUUUCUUAAAUUUGCUUAUCAAAUGUAUUUUUAACAAAAUAGUUUAUAUACAACUUUUAUACUACAAAGCAGUAAAUAAAAAAAUAUUGAUUCUUAAGCUUCCUUCUGACUUCCUUUAGCCUUCAGUGAUUGAGUCAAAUUCAAUUUUUGCACCAUCUAAAUGUAAAAUGCAAUCUUUUUGCCUCCUAAGUUUUUGUUUAUGGAGGUAGUGAGAAUGUUGGUUUGUAGUGUAAUGUACUUCAGAGCAGUAAUCUUUUCUUCAGAAAGAACAAUUGCAAAUACUACUUCAGUUUCAUAUUUAAAUGAGAAAGACACAAGUCUGUGCUUUAACCCAAGCUGGUGUCUUAAAUUUAAAAUAUCAAGAUUUUAACUUUUUAUUAUAUUUCAUGUAGAGCUUUUAAAAAUACUCAACAUUAUUCUUAAUUUUUUCAUAAGGUAGGGAAUGAAAAAUACCAAGUGACAGGAAGCUCUUUGCAGUUGUUUCCUCUCAGCCUGUGUCCGUCUGUGAUACUACAAUGCUUAAUUUGUUACAUUAUGUUCUCAUAAAUGACUGUGAUCUGUAAAGGGCAUUAAAAAUGGGUUUUGCUA